UGAAAAGAGUGACCAACGUCCCUUCCAUGUCUGGUCCCGCGCGCUUUGAUAAUCCGUGCAUCGACACAGGAGACACAACAUGGAUCCUCAUUAGCACAGCAUUCGUGUUGACAAUGUUUGGUGGUCUGGGUUUCUUUCAAGCUGGUCUCUUAAGAGCCAAGAAUGCCCAAUCAAUGCUUAUGCAGAUAUUAUCUGGAUCGAUCGUGAUUGGUGUCAUGUGGGAUGCAUUUGGCUAUAGUCUGGUAUUUGGAAAAAGCCUGGGUGGCGUCAUUGGAGAUCUCUCUCACAUAUUUCUCCUCGGAGUGGAUUAUAAUAAUUGUUCACAACAUGCGCCUAAAAUUCCGUCUGCACUGUUCGCCCUGUUCAUGAUGAUGUUCGCGGUGAUAGCACCGCUCCUUAUAACAGGGUCGAUUGCUGAGAGAAUGAUUUGGAAGUCAUACAUGGUGUUUAUCAUAUUGUGGGAGGCUUUUGUGUACUACCCCAUUGCUCACUGGAUUUGGGGAAAAGGGUGGUUGCACCAAUACGGCGUAUUGGAUUUUGCCGGGGGAUUGGUGAUUCAUGCGAGUGCGGGGGUGAGCGCUUUGAUCAUGGCGGUGUUUUUGGGUCGUAGGGAUAAGUUUUUCAAAUACAGAGGGGAAUUUCCUCCGUCCAACAUCCCGCUGUCAAUGAUUGGGACUUGUAUGCUUUGGGGAGGUUGGUUCGGCUUCAACUCUGGAAGUGCGUUGACAGGUGGAGCGCUUGCGACGAGUGCGCUUGCUUCUACUCAGCUUGCGGCCAUGUGGUCGGGUUUUGUCUGGCUGAUUAUUUCUUGCAUUCGAAACAAGCCUACGCUGGUUGCCGUCAUGUCUGGAAUCAUAGCAGGUCUCGCUGGCAUUACUCCGGCUAGCGGGUAUAUUGGCAACUUAUCCUCUAAUUUUUCGAUUGUAGGAGGUGCCGUUUCUUAUUUUUCGGUGUGGGUUAUUAAAGAAAAGCUCCACAUUGACGAUGCACUAGACGUGGCCAGCGUGCACGGCAUACCGGGUAUACUUGGCUCGUUGGCCAUAGGAAUAUGCUCGAGGAAGAACCUCAAUCCCAAUGGAGCAGACGGGUUGAUAGCCGGUGGUGGCACUCGAUUGUUGGAGAAACAGAUGGUUGGCGUUGCGGUCGUCAUUGCAUACGCCGCCUUCGUCACACUGUUGAUCGCUUUACUUCUGAGGAAAACCAUAGGGCUCAAAGUAUCUCCGGAGGAGGAAGAGUUAGGACUGGAUAUGUCUUUGCAUGGCGAAUGUGCCUAUGUUUUGUGCUCCGACAUGAAAUCCGGCACGCCUCAAGAAGAUCUCUCUGAGAAUUCACAACUUCUCCCAUAAUUUUUUUUAAUACUCGAACAAUUUCGUCUCUGUCAGUUUCCGACUCGUUCGGCACACGCCCUUUUGUGAAUAGAAGAAAACCGAAGUCUUAACGUG